GGGACGUGGAUGAGGGGAGCUCUGCAGAGAGUGGAGAGCAGUGCCGGCCAUGGGAAGGGCAGCCCCAACCCUCUUGGCUCUGAUCAGCCUAGCAGCGACUAUUUGUGAUGCCCAGGACACCUGCCCAGAGGUGAGAAUAGUGGGACUGGGUGAUGCUGACCGGCUCGCCAUUCUCCAAGGAUGCCCAGGGAUCCCAGGUGCUUCCGGCCCAAAAGGAGAACCAGGCCUCCCAGGAACAAAAGGAGAAAUGGGAGCCCAGGGACUCCCUGGGAAAGCAGGACCACCUGGUGCAAAAGGAGCAGCUAGAGAGCCUGGCUUCCCAGGACCAAAAGGAAUGAAAGGAGAGCCUGUAUUUCCAGAAACAUGGGAAGCCAGGAACUGCCAAGAGCUGUUGAGUAAAGGGAAGAUCCUGAGCGGCUGGUACACCAUCUACCCCCAAGGCUGCAACACUACCACCGUCUUCUGUGACAUGGACACAGAUGGUGGAGGAUGGAUUGUGAGUAGGGUUUUCCAGAGGAGCUGGGAUGGGUCAGUGAACUUCUUGCGAGAUUGGGAUUCAUACAAACGAGGCUUUGGCAACCAGCUGACAGAGUUCUGGCUGGGGAAUGACAACAUCCACUUCCUCACCUCGCUGGGACCCUGUGAACUCCGCAUUGACCUGAGAGACUUUGAAAACAACUACUAUUUUGCCAAGUAUGCGUCAUUCAGAGUCUUAGGAGAGUCUGAGAAAUACAAACUCGUUCUAGGAGACUUCCUUGGUGGAAAUGCCGGAGACUCCUUAUCAUACCACAAGGACAUGCCAUUUUCAACAACAGACCAGGACAACGACAUGAGCUCCUUUAACUGUGCCACAGAAUACAAGGGAGCGUGGUGGUACAACGACUGCCAUUACUCCAACCUGAAUGGGAUGUACUGGUUGGGCGUUCACGGGAGCUACGCUGAUGGCAUAAACUGGAAGACGGGCAAAGAAUAUCAUUACUCCCAUAAGCGAACGGAAAUGAAAUUCAGGCCAGUUUAACAUGGCAAGAGGAUGCACCAACAGGUGCCACUCUACAGCCAAGAGAAGACACAAAAUGUUGUUUGAGAGCAAAAUUGGACCAGGAAGGAUAUUACAGGUUGUGCCUUCAGCCUAGAGUAGAGACCAGAAGAGAUCAGUGCUGGUUUGAGUCCCUGUAAGCACCAGAUUCUCACCCUGGACUAUCUCAAGCAGCUCCACAGAUGCUGACUGAACCCAAGCAUCUUUUUUCUGAAAAGUGCAUUAUCUCGGUCAUGAUGGUGAGGCUACUGCAUCUCAGUAAAGCUCUCAGAUAUUAUUACCCUAACUGGCAAUUACUAGUAAUUUUCAGUCUAAUCCAUGUAUAUGAAGCCUCCAAUGUUCUUGCAGCCUCCUUUUCUUUUGGACCCAAAAGCCAUCUGAAAGGCAUUGAAUUCCCACCCCACCCCCCCCCACCCCGCUCUCCCCACAGGCUGUGCUGGAGCCACAAUGUAGACCAGCAUGGAAAGGACUGAGCUUCCAGCACAAGGCUGUCAGCACUGCCACCUCGGUCCUUCCCUCCCCACUGCCUCACAUAACACAUGCUCCAGGACCUCAGGUCCUGGAACCACAGUAGCAUUGCCCAGCACUUCCCACCAUGAUACAGCUGCAGAUAUGCCCAGAGCCAGCUUCAGCCACUCUUCCAGAGCAUGUUUCUAGAUCUCAUUCUUUAGCCGCUAUGGACCAAGAGCUGGAUACAAAAUAGUCUGUCCAGCAACAUGUGUGGUACCAAGACACUACAGUAGUCCCAAGUCAAGCCUUGCACAAGUGGACAUUAUGUGAAUUACCAGCAGGUGCCAGUACCUUCCAUUUCACCUUGUUUCCAGUAGCAUUUGAAGAUGGGCUAUCUGCUGACGUAUGGAAGUAGUUCAUCAAGUUCAUAUGAAGUUGUAUUUGACUAUUAGCAUAACUGGUUAAAGGGUCUCUACUUCCUGGACUCCUCCCCACAGCUGAUGAAGGGCAGGAGAGCCUAGUGCUAACUGCAGGAUCAGUGGAAGCAGAGUAUUUAUUUGUGUUAUAUUCCUAACAGUCCCAGGUUUAUCACAUUACUUAUUGUACAGAUGUGUGGCAAGGGCAGCUCCGGCCCUACAACACUCAAUCCAAACCUUGUAGGUGAGAAAAGCAAAGGGACCACUCACCCAGUACACCACAGCAGAUCAACAAUGUGCUAGGAAAUAAACCUGAGGUGUUCCACCUCCCUAUUCACUAGGUCCUGUCCCUGCUCACUUCUUCUUUUCAGGUACAUGAGAAAGUGCGUGUCUGAGCAGAGAGGCACACACUGGAAGUCCCAUAGUCACUUCUCCUUCUCCAGGAGCUUUGUUUUGUUCUUUUCUUACUCCCAGAUUGAUGUGCCCCCAGCAGGAGCAUGAGCAAGGUCCCACAGCAUCCAGCUGUGUCUCACCCAAUCAGCUGCUGAUGCUGUUGUCCACAGGUAGCUUCUGAGAGGCCUAAACUGCUGCCACAGACAGCUCUGCAGAAGCACAGUCAACUUU